UAAAAUGUAACAGAGCUGUGAUGGGCUGAACAAAGAGGAGUGUUGGGGAAGAGAACUGAUUCAGGGUCAUUUCUAACUGUAUUCCUUCGCUUGACUGUUGCCGUGGUAAAAUAUUUAGCCCACUUUAGAUUAAUAAUGCCAAAAUAUGAGAGAAUUAUGCUUGGACUGUCUUAACUAAAGUAACUUAAGACAUUCAAAGAAUACUGCCUAUCUGGAGCUUGAAAUUUUAAAAAUGCAUUUCAUUUUUCUUUUUUUCUAACAGAAAUGUUACUGCUCCCUUCAGAGUAAAGAGGUACCUGCAGCAUGAUUCCACGAGGAUUGAAGACUUUGUUGCAGCUGUUUUGUUGAUUCUAUUGAGAAUUGAAAGCUUUGUUGACGAGUUUGAUCCAAUGAUUGAAGACUUUGUUGCGGAGAGGAGAGUUUUGUACUGGACACUUCAACAGAUUGAGUUUCCAAGCCAGCAGACCAAAAGUCUAAGCGUCAAGGAAUCAGAAGGUACAGGCUGAAAUAGACAGAGUGAUCGGACAAGCACGGCAGCCUUCGAUGGAAGACAAGCCCAACAUGCCAUACACUGACGCAGUGAUUCAUGAAGUUCAGAGAAUGGGUAAUAUUGUUCCUCUGAAUGUUCCCAGGGUCAACACUGAAGAUACCACGCUGGGAGGAUAUUUUCUUCCAAAGGGCACUCAGGUUUUUGCAAAUCUAACCUUGGUGCUGUUUGACAAGAAUGAAUGGCAGACCCCAGACACAUUUAAUCCAGGGCACUUCCUGGAUGCAGAGGGACAGUUUGUGAGAAGAGAAGCAUUCAUGCCAUUCUCAGCUGGUAAGAGGGUCUGUCUUGGAGAACACCUGGCCCGAAUGGAGUUGUUCUUCUUCUUCACUUCCUUUCUGCAGAAGGUCACUUUCUCAUCCCCUGAAGGAGUGGAGCCGAGCCUCCAGUUUAAACCUGGAAGUACGCUUUCUCCUCUACUGUACAAGAUCUGUGCCAUCCCUCGCUGAGAAAGAACAAGCCAUUGCAGUUUAAACAGCUGAAGUAACAAAUUCAUACUACAAUCUAGACCUGGGGAGGCUCAGCCACACUGCACAUUCGAAAUGAAUGUUAAGGGUAGUGAUUUAUCAAUAAUAAAACUGACUAACAGAUAUAGAUUAAGGACAAUUUUAAAUGUUAAUGUUGUAGUUCUUUAAGUGCAUUUUUGCCCACAUCA